GGGAGCGCGGGGCUGGAGGCUGCACAGCCACAGGACUAUCCCCUCCCGCAUCCCGGCGACACAGGAUUCCUCUUGUUCCUUUUCCCUUUUUUUUUUUUUCCCCCACCUCUCUUCAUCACUCUAAACGGGUCGAUUUAAUUGUUAUUAUUUCGUAGUUAUUUUGCUACCUGACUUUUACAUCUUGCUUCUUUUUUUCUUUUUUAUUUGAAAGCUCUGCUAAGACUUUUUUUUUUUUUUUUUUGAAAGCCUUAAAGGAAAAAAAUAAAGGCAAGCAAGGGAAAGAAGCCAGCAAGAGACUGAAAAGAGCAAGAGAAAGUGGCAGCUGAGAAGGACUGUGAAAUCACCUCCCCUUUCUCAGGCUGUCGAUCAGAGCGAGAGUUGUACAUUAUUAUUAUUGUUUUUCUUUCUACGUCUAUCUGUCCACAUACACAGGCAGAGAAAGAGACAAGUACUGACAGUGAAACUCGACGAGACCAGCCAUGGUAGCAAGGGCUCAGCCUGAUCGGAAACAAUUACCGCUGGUCCUACUGAGAUUGCUUUGCCUUCUCCCUACAGGGCUGCCAGUCCGCAGCGUGGAUUUUACCCGAGGUACCGAUAACAUCACCGUGAGGCAAGGGGACACAGCCAUCCUCAGGUGUUAUGUAGAAGACAGAAGCUCCAAGGUGGCCUGGUUAAACCGUUCCGGCAUCAUUUUUGCUGGAGAGGACAAGUGGUCCCUGGACCCUCGAGUAGAGCUGGAGAAGAGAAACCCCCUGGAAUACAGCCUGCGGAUCCAGAAAGUGGAUGUCUACGAUGAGGGGUCCUAUACGUGCUCAGUGCAGACACAGCAUCAUCCCAAGACUGCCCAGGUUUACUUGAUCGUGCAAGUUCCACCAAAGAUCUCCACGAUCUCCUCGGACAUCACCGUGAAUGAGGGCAGCAAUGUGACCCUGGUUUGCAUGGCAAAUGGGCGUCCUGAGCCUGUCAUCACCUGGAGGCACCUCACUCCUACAGGCAGAGAGUUUGAAGGUGAGGAGGAAUACCUGGAGAUCCUGGGGAUCACACGAGAGCAGUCGGGCAAGUAUGAGUGCAAAGCUGCCAACGAAGUUGCCUCAGCAGACGUCAAGCAAGUCCGGGUCACUGUGAACUACCCUCCCACCAUCACAGAGUCCAAGAGCAACGAAGCGGCCACGGGACGACAAGCCUUACUGCGCUGUGAGGCAUCGGCAGUGCCCACGCCUGAUUUUGAGUGGUACAGAGAUGAUACCAGGAUAAACAGCGCCAAUGGUCUGGAGAUAAAGAGCACGGGGAGUCAGUCUCUGCUGAUGGUGGCCAAUGUCACUGAGGAACACUACGGGAACUACACCUGUGUGGCUGCCAACAAGCUGGGGGUCACAAAUGCCAGCCUAUACCUUUACAGACCCGGCACAGGGAGAGUAGACAACGGCUCCAUGUGUUUGGCCGUCCCACUGUGGCUUCUGGCAGCGUCCCUGCUCUGCCUACUCAGCAAAUGUUAAUACAAAUCAGAAUUAAAAUAAUAAUAUUAAUAAUAAUUAAAAAAACAACACGACAACAACAACAACACACAAAACAAAACGCGUUAUACAGGAGACAGAGCGAAGAGAGGGGAGAGAGAAAAAAGAGGGGGGGAGAGAGAGAGACGACUGUUUCUUUCACAACUUUUGUGUGUUCAGGAGCGAAGAGGGGGGAGAGGAAAAAUUACAGCAAAGAAGACUCAGCAACAUUUAAUCCAAAACCUGAAAAGCCGGCUGUCAAGUCAUCGACUGCCUAGGUGGCAACACGAAGCGAGGGAGAGAAUGGGGCACCAGCAAGGAUCGUGUCGCCGGAGGAUGCUGCAAUGUAAACAAUCCAACAAAACCUGCAAAGCCAAUCAAACAGAAGAUCCCUUUUCUUUUCUCUCCUCCUUCCUCUUUUCCAUACUCCCUCACUUUCCUUCCUUCCUCCUCUUUCUUUCUUUUGCAGAAAGAGGUCUUUGCUUCGGUGUCUAUAGCCAUUUAACUUUUUGGAUGCCCUGGGUCAUUUUUGUGAGCUAAUGCUCAGCCAGUUCAUACUUUUAAAAACAAAUUAAAAAAAAAAAAAAAAGAGGAAAAAAAAAAACAACAAAAAAAAAAAAGCCACAAACCAGAGCAAGUCACCUGAAGCUCUCUGCACACUGGUGUCCUGUGAAGAACCCCUUCUUCUCUUCACUUCACCCUGCGCUCAUGUGCACCCAGCCCUUGCUAAACACCUUCUUUCCUGUCCCCUUCCUUCAUGCAACAUCACCCCCACAGGCCUGAACGAAAGCUGUGUCAACUCUACUGAAAGCCUACUCUUCUUUUUUUUCUUUUCAAAUCCUCUUCCUUCCCCCUCUCUCAAUUCAACCAGGUGUCUUUUUCCUGUGUUUGCCUGUGUGUGUGCGUGCAUGCAUGUGUGGCUCUUGCUCUGUCUUCACUCUCUCUCUCUCUCUCUCUUUCUCUUGCUCUCUCUAAGCAUGCAAAACGAACAGUCCAUGUGUACAUAUGCUCAUCCUGUUGUAGAUAAUGUCCUGCCUUGUAAGUGUGAGACAAGAUGCAGAGAGAUCACUUAGAGAGAGAAGAAGGGUGAGGAGAGAGUGGGGCAGCUGCAACACAGGUUCACAUUGUGUCCCCCCUCUCCUGUGUCCUCACUGUUUUUUUAUUUUCUGGCUACCUUGCUUGCAAGAGUCAGUCUGCACCCUUGUCUAGGCUUUUUUUCCUCUCCCACCUCCAACCUGUUUGGCUCUCAGCUUCCAGCAUAGUAGUACCAGCAUAGCAGCCCAUGCUAUGCAUGAGUGCUUGCACACACGCAUAGGGGUGUGCACUCAUGUGCAAUUGUCCAAGCAAGCAGAAGAAACCAGGACUGGCCUACAACACUAUGGACUGAAGAGUGCAGCCACCAUUCCUCCUGGGGAUGGGAGGCUGGGCCGGUGCGAUACGAGUGAUGAGAUCUUGGACGCCACCAAGCAGCCAUUCCUUUUAGGUAUAGUGGGCAUAAGAACGAUACCUCAACAUGAAAACCACAAUCUGGUCAUUCCUAACCAUUUUGGUAGACAUGCAAAAAUAGAGCCAAUACCCUUUUUUUGUUGCUUUUGUUGUUUUUGUUCUUCCUGUCCUCCCCGGUAUAAAAGGAAAUGUAGGCUGUGUAAGGUUGAGAGUGUGUGUGUAUGUUUGUGUGUGUGUGCUGUACACUGCUGCUAUUGCAAAACUCACAGCAAAUUCCACAUUUGAAAGAAAUUGGUCCAGAAAAUGGCCAGGACCUCUGAAUGAAAGAAAUAAAACAAAUGUCAGGUCCAAAAUCCUGGGCUCACAAAGAAGGAGCUUAAAAUGUUGAAGCAAAGAAGCAGGCAGCACAAUUUCCCCUGCUCUUCUCUUACCUGAAGGGUAAGAGUUGUCUUGCUGGAGAGUGCCCCACACUUCCCAUAGCAGAAUCACAUACAAAGGUUCCAACAGGGCAGACUUUGGUGGUUCCCAAGUGAGGAGGUGAGAAACAGCUGUGAGAAGCAGGACUGAGGAAAUGCUGGGUGGUGGCUGGAAUUCGCCACACCAACACAAGGUCUGCUGCAGGAGCCAGAAUGAGCAGGGGCUGCAGUGCCUGUGAGUGGGUCGGGGCAGAGGGGAGAGGACUCUUGUGUCCCCCGGCAGGCCUUUUUUGGAGAGAGGGGUGUGCAGGGGAGAGCUUGAUUUAGCCCACUGAAGUCGAGUGACCACCCCACGACAGCACAGUGUUUUACAGGCGCUCAGCUUUCAAGCAGCAGCCCGUUUGCUGCUCUCUGCCCCGGGCGCUGGGGCAGGGGCAGCACGCUUGGCAGCCGUGCUCACAUGCGGGCAAGGGGGAAACAGCUUGGCCUCGGAGUGUGAGCAGGGAAUACCCGCCAGGUGUUCCCCUGCCAGGAAGGAAAGUGGGAAUUGCUGCCUGCGAGCCCGUCCCCACCUUUGCGAGGGUGGGGCACAGCGCGGUGAGGCUGCUGCGGCGCUUUCGCCCUGCGCUGCGGCUCUGCCGGCGCUGCCCCCUCGCUGCUGAGCUCAGCUGUUCCAAGAAGCAGCAGGCACGCAAUUAAGCAGGCAGUCAAAACCUCCUCCCAGGCAGCCAGGAGUGCGAGGAAAUUUAUUAAAGAGAGACACGAGAGGCUGAAGUUUGGGCGUUUACGAGAGUUGGCGUAGAUCUGCUGUGGGAUUGGAUGGUGAUAAUUUAUGUUCCUCCAGACCCCAAAGCCAUACCUGCAAGAGGGCGCAAGUCGAAAGUGGGCAACUGGUGCUUGAAAUCCAUACAAAACAUCCAGGGAUGGCUCCCUCCCUCCAAAAUAGGGCAGUCAUUGAUGGGAUUUGGGCAUGUCCUUUGGUACGUGUCAGCCCACGAAAAAAUGCCCUGCAUCCUUCAGAGCAUUCAGACAUCCCAGUCCUCAUGCCUAACAUUCAGGAGGGCCAUCUAAUUCAGAGUCUUAGUAACAAGUCCAGAUUUUCUGCUGCAGCAGGCCUCCUCUUUCCCCUGGUACAGCAGUAAGCUGAUCCUGGUCCCAGAAGCCAGGUCUGGGAGCUGCACCCUUUCCUGCACACUGGCACGAGGGAAACACCACACUGCUCUUUCUCGGGGCUGUACCCACGCCUGGAUUUAUUGGCACAGGCUUGUUGAAAAAGGGGGGCAGCCUGCAGUGUCUUGCUGUGACAGGCUGCUCCUAAGGGCUGAGUCCAGCCCACUUCAGGUUCUUUGAUGUCAACCCAGUUGCUAUGGUAGCACCUGUCCCAUGUGUUCUCCGCAUGUGUUUUUGUCACCGUGGGGUCACUCCUGGGCACUGGGGUCACACACAUCAGACCCCUAAGGUGUGGUGGUGCUCAUCAUGUCCCAGCACCUCAUUAUCUCACAUCUGUUUUGGUUCAAAAGAGUUCUGAGGAGUUUUUUUUUUUUUAAAUGUCAAGGCACAGAGGCGUAUGGUUAAAAGGGAAAUAUCUCACUAAAAGCAGUGCAUCCAUUUUUUAAGCCAUCUGAGGAAACAGCCCCAGCCCUGGUGCUGGGAUCUGGUCUUUCCUCCAGGCUCUGGGCAGAUCUUUUCCUCUGUUGUACGGCUGCAAAGCAGGGUGAAAGCCAGUUAAUUGCAGACCUCUCUGAGAAAAGCCACCACCACCAAGUAUGCCUGUUGUCUGCAGAAGUGCAGAGAACCCCACUCCUGGCAAUGUCUGUUCCUAACAGGGCUGGGGGAAUGGUGGGUAGGUUGGAGCUUGAUUUUCUCCAAUAAUCUAAUCCUGUGAGUUGGUGUGUGCCUCACAGGGUGCUGUAAAAACCCCCCUCUUUCUCCUGAACUCAAGCUGAACUCAAGCCCUCCUGAACUUUGAGGAACUGCUUGAAGCACCUGUCAAGAGGUGAGCCCAGAUGAAUAUAGGAAACCCAGGCAAGGUCUAAUGCCUUUUCCCAUUCUUUCUGCCCUCCAUCCUCUGACGGAGAUGUUGCAAUGGCUUUUCUCAUGUCUCAGGCCCUUCUCUCUGAAACUGCUUCUCCUCAUCAUCUCUUUUCUCCAUUUAUGUUGCUAUCUUUCCCAUCACCUCCCAAAAAGCUGUGUUCUUGCUUCCUGCUGCCUCUCAGCUGGUUUGGGACCAGGGAAGAUGGGAGUUUGGAAUGGGACACCAGUUCCUCGAGCUUGUCAGUGUAAUUGUGUUUGAUUGAUGGAGAUUUAACAUUUAGUGUUAUAAAAAGAUACGAACAAAAUGGAAAAAAAAAUUGUAUUUCUUCUACUGGUUUGUAAAUAUUACAAGAGUUACAUGAGAUGUCUGGUAAUGUCCAAGCAGAGGAACAAAAAACUUAGAUUUCAUAUAUGGCCCCAUAAUUGCUAGCAGAUUUCUAACCCUUUUCAGAUGACCGAGAGGAGGGGUGAAGGCAAGUCUUUCUGAAAGGAACUGGACAGGGGGAACACAGCCACCCUGAGCCACAUGAACUCCACACAUGAUUGUAGCAUGUUGCUUGGAGCGUGUGCCUGGUCAGAUGGAAAACGAAGCAAACGCCUGUCUCUGAACGGCUGGGAAGGGCGACGUGGGAUGCUCCAGCCGACACCUGUAUCUUGGCAGAUGUGUUCAUUUCUGUUUCUUUGCAGCCCCACACUCGUGGGCUCCUUGCUCAGUGACGCACCCUCUCCUCCUCCCCUGUACCCGCUUUCUUCACCAGUGAAGUUGUGUCGCCCCAUGCUAGCCCCGAGUGCAUGUGAACGUGCCAUUCAUGGAGAUUUCAUUGGUGACAUGCAUUGUGUCAAGAGUUAGUCUUUGUCUGCACAUCUUUCUCACACCACUGACUGUUCACCACUUGGGCAGAUCGCUCGUGCACUGCUGCUUGCCCCACUGUUGGUCAAAGAACAUCCAAGCCUCGCCAGCUCUUCUUAGCUCCAGGUGCAUCCAGACCAUGCCCCCGGGCCACCAGGCAACCCCUCUCUGAAAGUCCAAGCAUGCAGCAUGGACAAAGCCACCAUCAAAAUCCAUGCGGUCUCCAGGCUGAGUGGAAGCUACACACCUGGAAGGAAUUUGGGGAAGCACCAGAAAGCCCUGAUGAAACAAGAAGAUCUGGGAAGUCGGAGGAGUUAUGCUAGAAUCCUUCCCAGCCCCACCAGCAGAUGGUAUUUCAGCUCAAUUUUUAUGCAGCGUUUCAUCACUUCACCAUUCCCUGGUGAGGGAAUCUAUGGGCACAGGGAAACAGCUCACAGCUCUUCUCCUUCCAACCCCUCACACCUCUGCUUCCUCUCCUCCAAGCACACUGACCUGCAGCCCAAAUCAUCAUGGUGCUUGAUGUGAUGUAGCAACUGACAUGGGGGAUGGCUGACCAAGGCAGUAUGGCAGAGGAGGUGCCAGGGGGGCGAGCAAUUCUCUCUCUCUCUCUCUCUCUCUCUCUAUCUAUCUCUCUCCUGAUGGUGCACAAUCUUACUGCUUCUCUGACUCAAGGACACAAAACUUCUUGAGUUAGGGAUGCCAGGACCAAACUGUCCUAUGGGAGGAGCAAAACUUGAGGCAGGGAAGUGAUGGAGAAGCUGGAUGGUAAUUUCCACAAUGUGAUGCCGGUGGAAAAUAGUAUGGAUGAGUGCUGUCCAUCAUCCAUGCACAGAACUCUCAGGUUCACCAGCGAGGAGACCAUGGCCUCUCAAUGCUAAUCUUAGAGCGGCUUCAUUUCCAGUGGGAUGCCCAGAAGAUGAUUUCUUUUUAAUUGCAUGACUCUGCUGACUAAGAGCUGUGUCACACCACUAAAACCUCUUUCACUUUUCCUUCUUGUAACUUGCUAGAACAGUGAUCGGACAGCUCCCACAGCCCCCAAAUUUUGCCUAAUGGUUGGCUCCCAUUAGGGCAGCAUAUGGUGCUUGCUUGUUGGUUCGCUCGCUGUGACAGGGGAGCAGAGCUCAUCUUGGUGAGAGCACGUCGGUGUGGUCCUCUCUACCUCUGUGGGUCACGGUGAUGGAGUGAGGUGAGGAGACCUGCCCAGGCAGGCCUUGGGUGAGAGGAGCAGCGCUCCUAACUAGCCCAGGCUGGUGGGAAGCAAAGGGUCCUUCACUUGCUGCAGGCUUGUGUUAGCUGGUGCCACAGCAGCUCAGACUGCACUGCAAGACUUGUAGAAGAGCCCAGGCAGUGGAGAAGGAGUGGGCAGUGACAGGGGGACAUGACUGCAGCACAGGUGGUGGGGGCUGCAUGAGCAGCAGGGCUCCUUGGACAAUGCAGCUGGUGAAGGGGCAGAGAUUGCAUCCCAGGAGGGCCCUUCUUUCCCUGGCUGUCCUCACGGUGCAUCAGGAGCUCCCUCCCGGCCUCCCAGGGCAUGCUCACCAUGCAGCAAAAUGGGCCUCAGUGAGUAAAGCAGUGUGACACCACGGUGGCUCCAGCCGCGUCCUGAGGAAAGGGGUGCGAAUGUUUCUGUACACAACAGAGGGGUCACGAGCAAGGCCUACCGAGGAGCCAGCCAGUGAGGAGAGCAUGUCCCAGGCAGGGCUGUCCUCCUCCAGAAUUGUGACAUUUGGUCCCCAUUCAGCCACGCACAGGUGCAUACGCACACGCCCGCCAGCUCCACCGCGCACCUGCUACAGGAGCGCUCCCGGGGCGCUCUCCUUCCCCACGCUCUCCAUCACGCACAGCCAGGCAGGCGCUCGGCCACCUGCUGCUGGCGGUGGCUCUGUCUGCCACACACAGCUACGUUGUGAGCUCCUGAGGAACCGGGAGAAGGCAUGUGUGUGCCUGUGCCUGCGGGAGCACACGUGUGUGCCAGGAAAGGGAGGAGGGGGCACGGAGCGGGAACCUGCCUCCGCGGUGCCACCGUCGCCUCCCAAAAUCAUUCAACCUUCCCAGCUGGAGCCAAGAUUCAUCCUCUAGACCUUGAGAAUGAAGGCCAGUCCCUUCUUCUUGCUACACGGUGGGGUGGUUAGAACUCUCCUCAUUAACAGUGUUAUAUACAUAUAAAUAUAUAUAUAUAUCUAUAUCUUUAUAUAUAUUUUUCCCCAGCACUGUAGACAUGAGCUGAACUUCUCUUUAAUGAAACGAGAAAAUGGCCAUUUUAUUUUUUGCCAUUGUUUUGGUUUUGAAACUAGCUCUGUGAAAGAAAGUUUUAAAAGCGCAAGUGUGUGUGUAAAAGAACCAAUCAAAAAAAUUAAACAACCCAAGAAACAAUGAACAAAACCCAGUGAUGGAAUAAAAAAAAAAAAAAGAAGCUUUUUAUUUUUUCUUUUCUCAAUGUAUUUAACUUCUGUUAUCUCGUUUCUGUUUCUUUACAUGUAUGAAUGCUCUGCUCUUCUGUGAUCUUAAAAAAAA